AUGUCUGAAGUCACUAACCGUAACGACGUGCGAGCCGCAAACGCCGCUGGCGGCUGGACUAUUGUCUAUGGAGAUCUCAUCAAUGAGGCUGAUGUGGUUGAACUCAUUAUAUCUGUUCCCACAGGCACAGUGGCUGGCUGGGUCUCCGACCAGGUUGACGCUCAGGUGCAAAAAUUUAACCAAAGCCUGGCCACUGUCUCUGAUGACGUUGUCAAAGAAGCAACCGAGUUUCUCAAGAGUCUUCUUCAGGGAAAGAGAUCCGGCGAGCGAGACAUCAAUGGAUUGGGAGUCAAAGCCGGUAUUGUAACCUACCACCGAAAACUUAAAACGCCUUUUGGCUCUACGCCGCUGCCAAACAAUCACCAGCCAUACAUUGGAAUACGCAUUACCAAGCCCUUGCCACCAAAGGGGGCGCCUGCUUCAGUUCAAGUGCCGCCAAGCGUGCAGCCAGGAGUGGCAUCAAAUGGUUUAGACAGCAGAUUAUGGUAUCGAAUCAAGAAUCCAGCGAAACCCGGAAUGGCAAUUGAUGUUGUAAACGAUGGAAAUCAGCAGCAAGAUGGCCAAGUACAAAUGGCUGCAGAAGGAAAUUUCAGCGGACAACACUGGCAGCUUCGUCCUUCCAGAACCAACCCCGGAGCCUAUAACCUUUGUAACAUGUGGCUUGGAAGUGGCAAAUGCUUGGAUGUGUACGGCAAUGACAAAACACGACCGCAUCUGGCUACAGCUGGGAAUUAUUCAGGACAGCAGUGGCGUAUCGAACAACAAGGGAAUGGGACUUGGAAGCUAUCAAACUCGUAUUCUGGGCCAUUGGCUCUUUCAGCUGAUGCUUCUGGUGCAGCCCUAUCGCUCAAAGAUCCGCAGGUUUCUCCUGCAAUGUCGUGGACUUUGCAGCCUAUUAAACCAAUCACGGAGGUUGGGUUUUAA